UUUUAUAUUAGUGAAAUUCAUUUCAGAGAUGAUGAAUGGGAUGCCAACAAAUGGGCAUGGGAAGGGAUACUGAAAGUUACUAGCAAGGGAGAAGAAUUGGUGGGAUGUUGUAUUGGAGUUUUUAGUUCAAUUCAGUUACUCUGAACUAGAAAAUAGUUCAGUUCAGGGCAGAACUAUUUUUUAGUUUAGGGUAGUUUUUUUAAACUAGUUUAUAGUUAACUAUAAACUUUUAUAGUGGAGUGCACUAUAAGGCAGUUUGCCCACCCCUACCACCACCACAUGUUGUUCUUCUUUCCAUGUCCAUGUGGCUUCGUGUUUUCAACCUUGUCUUCAAAACCAUUGACAAACCCAACCUAAGACCCUUUUCACAGCCAUUUGCAUCCACUGCACUCGCUCACUCCACCCCACCCUCUUUCUCCGACACCACCCCUUCCACGCCCCUUUCACACCCAACCACCCUCCAAGUCCUUCAAACCCUCCAAUGUCUCCACCACCACCCCUCCCUUGCCCUCUCCUUCCUCAACCACCUCCACCGCACCGGUUUCCUGCACACCCUCUCAACCUAUGCUGCCAUCACCAAAAUGUUCGCUUUUUGGAACCUGCCCAGAAAACUAGACUCCCUCUUUCUCCACCUCAUUACCCUCUCGAAACACCACCAUCUUUCCUUUCACCUCCUUCAACUCUUUGAAAUACUCUUCCAGGACUUCGACCACCAUAACCAGUACUUGCUGAGAGCUUUUGGUGGCUUUGUCAAAACCUGUGUCAGCCUCAACAUGUUUGAUGAGGCCAUUGAUUUUUUGUUCCAAACUCGGCGUCGCGGAAUUGUCCCUGAUGUUCUUACUUGCAACUUCCUCUUCAACAGGUUGGUGGAACAGGGCGAGGUCGAUAAAGCACUGGCUAUUUUUGAGCAACUCAAGAGGUUUGGUUUCAGACCCAAUUGUUAUUCCUAUGCAAUUGUCAUCAAGGCGUUGUGUAAAAAGGGUGACUUGAGGCAAGCUUUCUGUGUUUUUGAGGAAAUGGAGAGAGUCGGGAUCACCCCUCAUUCGUAUUGCUAUGCUGCUUACAUUGAAGGGUUUUGUAAUAAACAUAGGUCUGAUUUGGGGUAUGAGGUGCUGCAAGCAUUUAGAAAGAGUAAUGCCCCUUUGGAGGUUUAUGCAUACACUGCGGUUGUUCGCGGGUUUUGUAAUGAGAUGAAGUUGGAUGAGGCUCAGGGUGUGUUUGAUGACAUGGAGAGGCAAGGGUUGGUUCCUGAUGUGUUUGUUUAUUCUGCGUUGAUUCAAGGGUAUUGUAAGGGUCAUAAUCUGCUCAAGGCUUUGGCUUUGCAUGAUGAGAUGAUUUCGAGGGGUGUGAAGACGAAUUGUGUUAUUGUUAGUUACAUUCUGCAUUGUUUGGGAAAGAUGGGCAUGACUUUGGAGGUGGUGGAUCAGUUUAAGGAACUAAAGGAGUCCGGGAUGUUUCUUGAUGGGGUUGCCUACAACAUUGUUUUUGAUGCUUUGUUUAAGUUAGGGAAGGUGGAGGAUGCGAUAGAGAUGUCGGAAGACAUGAAGAGAAGGGGUGUGGCUUUAGAUCUUAAGCACUACACAACGUUUAUCAAGGGAUACUGUCUUCAGGGUGAUCUCGUUAGUGGGUAUAGGGUGUUUAAGGAAAUGAGUGAUGAGGGUUUCAAACCUGAUAUUAUAACAUAUAAUGUACUGGCAACUGGGCUGCUUAAAAAUGGUCGUGCUUGUGAGGCAUUAAAGCUUUUGGAUUGUUUGGAGAGUCAAGGCGUGAAGCCAAACUCUACUACACAUAAGUUAAUCAUUGAAAUUUUGUGUUCAGUGGGAAAGGUUUUGGAAGCCGAGGUGUAUUUUAACAGUCUAGAAGAUAAGAGUAUUGAAAUCUAUUCUGCCAUGGUUAAUGGCUAUUGUGAAGCGGACAUUGUAAAAAAAGCCUAUGAAAUUUUCCUUAAGCUGUCAAACCAAGGAGAUAUGGCUAACAAUGCCUCCUGUUCUAAGCUAAUUACUAAACUCUGUAUGACAGGUGACAUUAAGAAAGCUAAGAUGUUACUGGAGAGAAUGUUGUUGUCAAAUGCUGAACCUAGCAUGAUAAUGUAUUCAAAAGUUAUAGCUUCACUGUGCCAGACCGGGGAUAUGAAGAAUGCCCGCUCUCUUUUUGAUUUUUUAGUAAAUAGAGGACUCACCCCUGAUGUUAUAAUUUACACAAUUAUGAUAAAUAGCUAUUGUAGGAUGAACUUCUUGCAAGAGGCCCAUGACCUCUUGCAGGAUAUGAAGAGGAGAGGAAUCAAACCUGAUGUCAUUACCUACACAGUUUUACUUGAUGGAAACUUUAAAGCAAAUUUAAGGUGUGUCUCUCGUCAUGGAGAAGGAAAUAAGACAUCAUUGAAAGUUUCUUCCAUCUUGAGAGAUAUGGAGCAAAUGGAAAUAAAUCCGGAUGUUGUUUGUUACACUGUGUUGAUUGAUGGACACAUGAAGACGGAGAACUUUCAAGAAGCAGUAAGCCUAUUUGAUAAAAUGAUUGACAGUGGACUAAAACCAGAUACUGUAACAUACACUGCUCUGGUCUCUGGCUUAUGUACGAGAGGGCACAUGGAAAAGGCCAUUAUACUGCUUAAUGAAAUGUAUUCCAAGGGAAUGACACCAGAUGCGUGUGUCAUCUCAGCUUUAAAACGUGGUAUUGUAAAAGCUAGAAGGGUGCAUUUUCAUUAGAAGUUUAUCAAUUAGACGGUUUGCACUUGGAUUUAUUCUGAUUUCUAAAGUUUAUCCAGUCAAAACCUAAAGGUUGAAAAGAGAAGGACUGUGCUGAAAUUGCAUAUUGGUUACCAGGUCAUUGCAGAAACAGAAAAGUAUAUUUCCUUACCUACCAGUGGCAUCUUCCUGGCUUUUCUUGUCUUGGGGUGACCCAGUCUUUACCAUGUGAUCUAAACAUUGAUUUACCUUCUCUCAGAGUAUGUCAAAGGAAUCUGUUAGGGUCCUGAAGAACCUCUGGCCUUUGGGAGAACAGUCCUGGAGACUCAACCAUGUGACAGUUCUAGCAAGUGGAGAGCUCAACAUAAAAAGUUGCGAUUCAAUAUUGAUCUUCAGUUUCAUUCUCUCUGCAGCUUCUUUUCGGCAUUAUUAUUUUUGCAAUGCCUCUAUCCAUGUAUUUUCCCUCAACAAAUAUGCUUGAAGAUCUUCUGUUAACAGUGAAAUCAGAUAAAGAAUAACUCUGUACAGUAUCCGUUGAUGGAAGAACACAAUCAUGAUGUUAUACUGCUAUCGGAAUACAAUUAUUUGGUUCAUAUGGAUUUUUCAGUGUUCCAUGUCUAGCUAAAUCCCGUGACUACAAUUUUGGCUGUGAUGAAAGAGGGAAGUGGAGAUGAAACGAAACAACACGCUCAAAUAUUAACUUGGUCGUAGUUUUCCCUUGUUUUAUUGACGCACUAUAAACCUAUCCUGUUUGCCUAGCUUUGGCUGUGACAUGGAAGUGGAAUUUAAUAAUGUCAUAAUGAUUGCUUGCCAAGUACUAGGUUAGGAUAUGGUUUACCAAAUCAUUGUUUCUAUUGGCCUGAUUAUACCUCACUUCUACAACAAUAGUUGUAUUGGAAACUAGUACCUGGUGUACUUAUAAGUUGCACCUACUUCUGUAUCUAGGUUUCUACUUUAGACAUUUUAUCUUUUCUCUUCUCAUUGUGUAAAAAAUUUAUCAUUAUAAAUGAGAUCAUAAGAGAGGUGUAUCCAAGUCAUCUG